AUGGCACGAGCGGCGGUGAUUCCCAACGUGUCCCCUAAAAAGACUACCCGCGGUCGGCCCAGAUUAAAUACGAAGGAAAGUACGACUUCAACGACUGCUCGGGCGAGGAUAACAAAGACGGCUGCUGCUCCUACUGCAGAACCGAAGAAGAGACCCGCGCGGGUUGCGACCGGGACGACCAGGAAACCCAGCAAGAAGAGCGGUUCCGAAUCGGCCGGCGAGGAGAGCAGCGACGAGGAUGAGCUGGCAGAGGGCGAGGAAGACGAUGCUCCGAAGAAAAAGCGAGUCGGACGCCCAAGGAAAGAACAGAUGACGGCGAAGACGCCAGACGUGGCGCCCAAGACGCGCGGACGGCCCAAGUCCGUGACGAGCGAGAAGACAACUGCAGCCUCGAGGAGGCGAACCCAAACACAACAUACUACUACUACUACUACUACUACUACUACUACUACUAGUCCUGUGGUUGAGACGUCCUCGCGCAAGCAGAUAGCUAUUACCACGGGCUCGGUGCUUCGGUCAAAUCUCCUGCAGGGUCCUGCCAAGAAGAAGAAAGUAACCUUCCAGGAUUUGCUAGACUCGGAUGAAGAAGAAGAUGAGGAGGACGACGAGGAGGAGGAACACAUUUCUACAAAGCGGGCUCCGGCAUCAGGGAGGAAGAAGAAAACCACCACCACUACGACGAAAGAGGGACUUGCUGCUAAGCCUGUCCGAAAGCCUGCCAGCAGCACGGGUCGUGGACGUAAACCGGCGGCUGCGACGAAGGGAUCCAAAGAGCAGAAUCAGCAGCAGCAGCAGCAGCCAUUAUCCCCGAAGAAGAUCAAGCAGGUUGCCAAGUCGAUCUCGGCUUACGCCAGUUCCGACGGGGAAGACGACGAGCUAAGCGGUGCAAAGAACCAGACGGCGCUGGUCGUCAAGUCCCCCAUCAGACCUGAUCCGCCCAGGAGCCCGGCCACGGGGCUGGGCUCCCCCGUACGCAGGAUCAACUUCACCCCGUCUUCUUCUCGCCCGGCCGUCCGGGACGUGGACGAGAACGGAGAGCUCACCCUCCCUGUGGUUGACAAACAUAUGGAUUUCAGCGCGUCGCAGUUCAUGGCUAGUCCCGCUCGACGUCCGCCGCCGUCUCCGUUUCAGUAUAACCUCAAGGAGACGCCUAGGCGUGCCGCCCUGAUCAUCCCGGAUAGCGCCCAGAAACCCUCCCAGCCUAAAUUCGACCCAAUGCAGAACUCCCCGCUCAAAUCGUCGCCCAAGAAGGGCAAUCUGGGCGCCUCAUUUUUGCAGACCCCGCUCAAGUCCUCCUCCACGCCCUUUUCGGCCAGAUCGUCCUUCUUACAGAGCCCGGCGAAGCGCAUUGUCUCUCCGUUCAAGUUGUCGCUGACUCCGAAGGUGCCGCAGCCGGAGUCGCUUACUUUAGAUGAGGAGCUGGAAAUGGACUCAAGUAUUCAUAAUACAGACGCUAAGCAUCAACAAGACCUUGAAUCAGAUACAGAUGACGAAUUGUCCAUGGACAUGAAGGAUCUGCAAGAAAAGGCCGAAGCAGUGGUUGCUCCUGUAGAGUCGAUUGAAAUGGAAGAACCGCUUACCUGCGAGUCCCUACUGCUAGAAGAACAGCAUGAGCAGGACCAACCCUCUCACUCUGAAACAGGUGACCAUGAAGAGAACGAAGGGGAACUUGAAGAUCCAGAGGUGGACGAACCAGUCAUUGAAGAAAUGGAAGAAGACUAUGAGGAAGAAGAGAACCUCUCUUAUGACAACGAGAGCCCGGCACCGGUUCCAGUUGCAGUCCCUGAAAUGGAGGACCCAUUCAUCGAACAUGUGGAAAGCAACUACGAACUCCAAGUCACAGAGCAGCAGUUUCAAGUCACAGAGCAGUCAUUCUCAACACAUGAAAGUGAUAUUCUCGUUGAAACGGCUAUUCCCUGCUACGAAGUCGAGGAGCCCAUUGAAGACGAAGUCCAGGAUGAAUUCUUUGAAGAAGACUCCGAAUUCUACGAUGGAGUCGGCGACUUUGACUAUGACGACGCGACGCUCGUCGCUUUCGAUCCAGAUGAGGUCUACCUUGGGACUCCGCGUCGUGCGUUCCCCUACGCAGUCAGCGAGGCCGGUAGAUCCAUCAGCCCGCGGAAAAGGAUGCAGAUCUUCACGCCUCGCCCUGGCUCUCCCUCCCCUGCUGUGAUGAGCCCCUUGGGGGUUAGGCAUGUCAUGGAGACUGAUGAGAUGGAUGCCGAAAUCCCGGCCUCUCUGGAAGAGGAUAACAACGGUGAGGAAGAGGAACUUGGGUCUCCAGAACCGUGUACCCGUUCAACCACGCCCCCUGUGCAGGAAAGCCCGGCACCAAGCACGAACGAACCUUUAGAAUCAGCCCAGCCUGAAGAAACCGAGCCUUUGGCUGAACAGCCGAGCCAAAGUCAGGCGGUGAGCCCGGAAAAGGCGCGUCCUUCUCGCCCCCGGCGCAGAGGAGUCUUCUCGCUGGGUGGUGUCCGUGCUCCGACGCGCAGUUCGCCACGCAGAUCCCUCGGCUUGCGUUCUCAUCUUGUUCGGCGGUCGAUGCGAAACGCAGAAUUCCUGGCUCCACUUGAUAUCUCGAUCGAUAGAAGAGAGUCAGCCCGUUCAAACGUGGGAGAGGAAGGGUUGGAUUCCACCCCCGACGCUGCGAGUUCGCCCAUUGGAGAACCCUCUGUCGAGGCGACAGAAGCUGCAGAUGACUCCGAGAUCUUCUGUGAUGGCGACGAUGUGCCGUUUAGUGAGGUGGAGGAGCUCGAGCAGGAUGCGUCUGUACUUGCGGAGGAGGACGACAGUAACCACGGUUACGAAAGUGAGGAUAAGGAAAACGAAGGCCCACUCCCCACUCCGAUUCCAGUGACGCCGAAGCGGCCGAAACACCAGCUGCAGGAGAUUCAGACCGUCCACACGGUAUCCAAAGUCCCUCUCAAGCCCGAGGGACAGGUUUCCCCGUUGAAAAUGUCACGCAAACGGACCCGCUCGCUGUCUAUUACAUCGCCCGUACGCUCUUCACCGCGCCUCCGUCAGUCUAAUCUUCUGCCUCCCAGCCAGCCGAUUGCCCCAGCUAGUCUCUCACCGCACAAGUCAUCGCACAAGUCGCCGCGUCGAAGCAGUCGGUCGGCGGGUGAACAGGUCCUCGAGAAAUCCACAGUUAAUCACAGCCCUGUCAAGAGCGCCGCUACUCCCCGCCGCAAUGCGCCUGUUGACCAGGGCGUGCUCGGGGGUGCAGUCGUGUUUGUGGACGUGCACACCACGGAAGGCGAAGAUGCGAGCGGCAUCUUCGUCGAGCUCCUGCAGCAGAUGGGGGCGCGGUGUGUCAAGAGCUGGUCGUGGAACCCGCGUGCCAGCCUGUCCCCCGUGGACGGGGCGGAGCCUCGUGAAAACCGCAUCGGGAUCACGCAUGUCAUCUUCAAGGAUGGAGGGGUGCGGACGUUGGAGAAGGUUCGCCAUGCGGGGGGGGUUGUCAAAUGUGUGGGUGUUGGUUGGGUUCUCGACUGCGAAAGACAAAACAAAUGGGUCAACGAGGCCGGAUACGCAGUCGACAGCACAAUCAUCCCCCGCGGGGGUGCAAAGCGCAGAAAGAGCAUGGAACCCCGGGCACUGAGCAACGUCAACGGCACGCUGGUGAAGAGGGAGCCGGCGACAACUCUAUCGGCCAGCGAGAGGCGGUCCGGCGCAGAGGAGUUGAAGAAACGUACCACUCAGGAAGAAGAUCCCAUCCCGCCGCCGCCCGCGACACCUGGCUCGUCGGCCUACCACUUCGACAUGGACGCCAUCGGCAUGUCGCCCGCCACGCCCUACACGCUCUCCCGCCCUUCGAAAAAACUGAUCCAGCAGACUUGUCCGCCGAAGCAGACACAGCAGGGCCUCUUCGCCUCGCGUUUAGAAAGUGAUGGGGGUGUCGAGUCGCGCAACCAGCUGCGGUUCAAGCUUGAGGCGGCGCGUCGGAAGAGUCUAGUCUUUAAGCCACGGGUUGGCAGUCCUCUUUCGAGAUGA